AGACCUAUGUUUGAGUUCUCUGUAACCCGAUCCCAUAUUUAGUUCCUGUGUAGUUUGGAAGAGUAGAGCAUGGGAAGGGGAAAGGACAUUGUUUCUGUGAUCCAGCCCAGCUUCCAGCCUGUGAGCCUUUUCAGAACUUGGUAAACUUAACCCCACCCCUCCGGGCUGUCCUGCUUUUUAUUUGUAUGUCUGUGGUCCAACUGAGUUCAGAUGGAGUGCUGUGUGCGUGUGCAAAGAUGAGCCGGAGUCAUGAGGCUGGGCUGCUCCAAGUGUUUUUAAUCAGCCCCUCUUCAGGAGAGGAUGGAAAACAUUUGACAGGGCGAGGAACGGAGCUGGACACUGCUUCUGGAAGAACUGUUCAUCCCAGAGACCUGUGACUUUUUGCCAUGGAAGAACUUAGGUCCAGAAACCAUGGAGAUGAUUUGAAUGAUCUCUGGAAAAAAACACACUUUAUUCUUUAUUUCAUGCUGAAGACAAGUAGCUGCACGGACUACCCUUACAAUGAGGAAAUGGGACGAAAUUAGAAACUUAUGGUGGCCAUGUUUUGCCGGCAAAUCUUGCCUGGAAGGAGAUGGUGUCGGCUUCGCCCAUUCCUGGUGGUGCUUGUAUUGGGUGCCUGCCUUUUUUAUCAAACUCUGACACCUUUAAAAACGAGGAGAUAUCUUUCAUCAACUGGCAAUGGAGUUCUGACAAACAAAGCGGUUGAAGUUCAGCAAGGGACGUAUAAGGAGGUCUCUAAAAGGCAGGUCCAUUGCUUCCUUCCUUCAAAUGACCUACAAGCACAGAAGGAGACUGAGGAUGCCAUUCUUAAAUAUUUUAGAAGCCAGACAAGAACAGGAAUACUUUACAUCCUCCCAUCCGGUAGUAAACAAGACUUACAAUUAUAUCAACAUAUCCUUGCACAACACCAGUAUGAAGUUACAGUCCUUGAAGAUUCGAAACUGAGCAGAUAUGAAAUUCCCAAUCCAGAAUUAAGCUCUUGGGAUCUUUUGAUUUGCCUGUCUUCCAGAAAAGCUGACCAUGAAAAUUGCUUAAACAUAAUGGAAUCUCAUCGACCAACGUUAUUGCAGAAGGGAAACGCUCUCCCCUCGAUACAGCAUCUGCUUUGCAGGAAGGAAGGAGUGUGCCAGAUAGAGAGAACAUUUCCAGGUGUGCACCUUCCAUUUGCUCUCUCUGCUUGCCAGGAAUCAAAUGUACCUUUUCAUACUGUGAAGCCCGAGGACAACUAUGAAGGGACACGUUUGACCCAAAUGUUUUAUCAGCCCAUCAAGAAGAUUCAGCAGCAUCAAAUACCAAUUGAAGUUGACAAUAAAGGAGCCUUUAAAAUCCAAGACCUUUCAGUCAUCAUCAAAGUAUAUGUCCUAGUGACCUCUCUAACACCUCUGAGAGCAUUCAUCCAUUCAACUGGUGUUGUCUUGUAUGCACCCAAAAAGAAGCACUUUUCAGUCAAGCUGCAAGCCUUUUUUGAGAACUUCUUCACCACCAGCUCCCCUCAGCAGGCUUUGGAUGACAUGAAAGAAGCAAUAAGCAAACUCUUAUUAAUAACUGAGGUUUUCAGCGAAGCGCCUUCAUCUGGACCAAAGGCUUCCAGCCAAUGCAGUUCAUGCUUUCAGAUGCUAACCUUUGACAUUGGGUUCAGCUCUUCUAUGCAUCCAGUUGUUCUUGAGGUACAUGAGCACUUUGACGUUCCAAUUGAUGAAGAUCCAACUUUUCAGGACCAAACUGUUAAAGAAACUCUUCUCAGAGACACUUUUAGAAUUAUCUUAUCCAACCAGUCCUCUUCAACUGCUUUCUUCAAGGCUUUAUGGAAUGUGUACCGAACAGCAGAGAUUAAGAAUGAACUUCAUCAGAAGGAACUGGACCAUUGCUUAACUUUAGAAGAACUCAAUCCAUUGAUCAGUUUUGUCCAAGAGUUUCAGAAUCUAGGACAAUUUGAAGUGCUUUUCCCCUCUACUGCUCCCAAGAGCCAUUUCUUGCUGCAUGACCUUUAUCGGAUGGCGAAUGUAGGGGAAAACCUUCACUCAGUCCUGACUGUUCACUGGCUCCUCACAAAUUUACUUGAACAGUUGCAAGUCAUCAACAGAGUAGCACACACAAAUCAACUAGGAGGGCCAAACAAGAAUUUGGGGAAUGCAUCUUGGAUAAAAGCUAGAUGGUCAAGACUUAGAUCGUCUUAUUUAGAAAAAGGUAGCAUCAAAACAAAAGUUUAUUCUCCAAUCAGUGAAAAGCAUGAAGGUUUGCACUCUUUAAAUUUGGCUAAAGAAAUACAUUGCAGCCAUGAUAAAGAUACCCUACCUCAUAUCAAGCAAAUCUUUACUACUCCACAUUUGGACUUAAAUCCUAAUUUUGAUCCAAAGAUCAAAGAAUACUACUCUGAAGUCCCAUUUGAUGUGGUGACAAUCAUGAUUAAAGCAGAACCUGCAAAUUGUCAGUGUGAAGUUCACUUGGAUGAGAAGAAUGGACCAAGUGCUGCAAAUUAUCCACUUGGGCUUGGAAUAAACAGAGUAAAUAUUCUGGUAACAGAUGUGUCUCAGUCCGUUCAUGAAGUUGUCAGCAUCUACCGAAUCAUCGUUUUUCGAGAAGACCGUCCCAGUUUGCCACUAUUUGAUGACUUUAUGGUGUGUGGUUUUGUACAGGAUUGUGGUUUGAUAAUCCAUCCUGAGGAACCCUGUGGUUUGAAGCCUAUCUCUGAUGAUUAUCUAUCAACCAUUUCACAGCCACAGUUAAAAGCAUGUGAAGCGGGAGACAUAAAAGGGCAAUGGAUUGUGCCUUGUCUUAGUUGUUCUGACAACAGAACCUGUGACUGGAGACAAAUAACAUGGCAGCCACACAACUGUCAAUAUCCUGUUCUCAGCAAACCAGAACUGCAACAAUGUGUAGAGAACAAAAAGGUCCUUUUUAUUGGUGAUUCAACCAACAGAGGAAUGAUGUAUUAUCUGAUAGAGAGAAUGAACAAGACCCUGCAAGAGUGGCAAAAAGCUCAUGACGUGAAGUUCUAUGACAAUGUAAAUGAUCGGAGGACUUUUAUUAGUUACUCAUAUUAUCCCCAGUUUUGGAUCAGUGUAACUCAAAGACCAACAUUUGAAAAAGCUCUGGAGGAGCUGCUGCUCAGAUCGCAACCACUACGGAACACAGGCCAGACUAUAUUAGUUGUUGGUGGUGUCCAAUGGCUUAAUUUCAAUCACUUACAUAUUAUUCAAAGAGUACUGAAGCGAGCAAAUCUAUCAAAUAUCCAGGUAGUGAUAAAAUCGUUGGGAAUGGGCUUCCAUCUGCCAGUCGAUGGAGUGCAUUAUCUAUCUCCAAUGGAAGUGCAGAAUUUGUGGAAGGAAAAUCAAGCUAUUUUGAUCACAGCCAAACAAUAUGGCUAUGAAGUGGUUGAUACUUUUAUUAUUACUAUGGGACGGUACAAGGAAUUUUUGCAAGGGAAAUGUGGAUGCCAUUUCCAUGAGGUGGUAAAAUCCAAAACUUCUGAAGGAAGCUUUCCCAUGGCAAUGCCAUUUUCAAAGCCCUAUACUCUGGGCAAGUAUUUCAACAAGCAAAGCAACCUGGUGAAACUCCAAGCCUACGCAUCCAAUUCUCAGUCCCCUUAUCAUGUGAGAGGUCCAAUCAACCAAGUUUAUUCAGAAAUACUCCUCAGCAGGAUCUGUGCAAAUGACGGGAAGGUUGCUGGAUUGUAAUUUUGUAUGGCUGAACUGUCAAGCUCCAGACUCGGUGCUUUGCCCAUGUGGUGUUCCACAAGCCAUACCAGACUUAUUACACACUUCUCUGCGUAGCUGAACAGACCACCAGCUACACAAGACAUGUGACACAUUUCCACAAAGUCUUAUAAAAUCAAGAUGCAUCCCUAUGCAUCUGUGGUUUCAGAAUAAGAGACAGAGAAGAUGAGAAGGGGAGGAAUUACUUGAAAUCUUGCCCAAAAAAUGGAAUUGGUUUUGAGCUAAGUAAAUACAAUAUCAUAUGAUGGAAAAGAAAGAACUUUUAUAUCUAUAUAGAGAUAUAUUUUAUAUAUUUUUUAAAGACUGCUUAAAUAUAGGUACAGUGAAAGAACCAUUCCAUUUCAAAAGGUUUUAUGGCAUAACAAAUCAGCAAUAUACGAAUGUGCACUUAAAAGCAAGUAUCACAUUUUUACCGACAGUACCAGAUUUGUAUUUCUUACAUUUGCACUUAGAGAAUGAUGGCGCCAGAUAUCCUUCACUCUAGAGUUCUACAGUGACAACUUUCUGAAUAGAUAAAUUUGGAUUUCAGGUUAAUCCCUUUUCUCUGCACAACAUCCCUACUUGACUUAAUCAUCAUGAUUUCGUCAUGAACAUGAAAAAAGGGACUAGUGCAGGCAUGGGCAAACUUCGGCCCUCCAGAUGUUUGGACUUCAACUCUCACAAUUCCUAACAGCCGGUAGGCUGUUAGGAAUUGUGGGAGUUGAUGUCCAAAACACCUGGAGGGCUGAAGUUUGCCCGUGCCUGCACUAAUAGCUCCAAUCCUGCAAUAUCUAAUUCAGCUCUUAAAAUGUUUCCUUACUUUGUUGUUCUUUGUAUUUCAUAUGAGGCAUUAUUGGCCCUGUUUGCAAACUUCCUACUACUAGUUCUAGAACUAUCCUUGGACUUUUGGGAAUCAGGUUAUGAUUUUGUACAUGAAACAAUAUUUUGUAGUGUGCAGUAAAAAAAAACAAAAAACUCUGGAGGCCAGGGUACAAUUCUCCACUUAGUCAUAGAAACUCACAGGGAUUUUUUAAAAUUGUGACAGAAGUGAAAUUGAGAAUAUACUGCAAGUCGUUUCUGGUGUGAGAGAAUCAGCCAUCUACAGAGAUGUUGCCCAGGGGACACCUGGAUGUGUUACCAUCCUGUGGAAGACUUCUUGCAUGUCCCUGAAUGGGAAGUUGGGCUGACAGAUGAGAGCUCACCCCAUCUCAUGGAUUCAAACUGCUGCCCUUCAGGUCAGAAGUUCAGCCAGCACAAGGGUUUAACACAUUGCGACACCACGGCUCCAACUCACAGGGUGACCUUGGGCAAGUCACUAUCUCACUCCAAGAAAACCCCAUGAUAGGCUCAUCUUAGGGCCACCGUAACCCAGAAACUACUUAAAGACAGACCAACAACAUCAAGAAAUAUCUAAAGGAAUGAGAUGUUUUUGUAUUUGCAGAUAGUGGUCAAUUUAAAAGUUAUCUGAGCUUGUGGCUAAAGCAUGGUUUGAAAUGGAGACUAGUCAGGUUAUGCACUUACCUAUUAGAAUUAGUCAGCUCUUUUUUCCUUUCUGACAAUGGCAUCUAAUGCUAUGUGAGGAGUAGAGGUUGGAAAAGUUUGCUGGGUAAGUACUACAACACUCAGAAUCCCACAUACUACAUGGAAUAUUAUAAACACAGCUAGUCCUGGUUUUCAUCUGAACUUAAAAGAAGCUCUCCAAAGUCAUGACCAACAUUUUGGAUAUCUCCCUUAACAUUCAGGCUAAAGUCUGCAAUGAAUUUACCAGCCCACUGACAUAAAAACUGUGGCUCAAAAUGUAACUUUCCCAAACUUUAGAAAGAUGCCACAAACAAAGAUUGAGGAAGCAUAAUGAAGCAUACAAUGGAAAUCUAGAAGGCAUAGGGAGAACUUACUGAGAUGCCCUCAUGUCUCAGCAGCGACUAAGGGGCUAAAUGGAGAUUUCUCAUGGGGAGAUAAAGUGAGGCAUUAAUAAUAUUAAUAUUAAUAUUAAUAAUAAUAAAUGUGUACAACCAUCAAUUGUGUCCACAAAAAUGAAACUAUUUCUUCAUAUCCUUGCCUCAAAUUUUACACAUGUGCUUAGAAAUACAAGCACAUGCAAUACAUCAUAUAGAGAUACACUACAACAGCAUUAUAAAGUUCUCAGGCAGAAUUGCACUAUUGUAUAACACAUGAAAAUAGUUGGGUGUUGUGCUAUGUACAACCACAAUGCCCAGCCACAGUGAACAACACAUCUACAUGCCAACUCCACUUCUAUCACUGUCAAUUGAAUACAUCUCUUGUGCUACGGGUACUAAGUGACACCAUAUGAAUAAUGUGUAUGUCACUAACACCCUUCAUAUGGUUACUAAACUAGAAGGCAAGUUUCUGCCUGUAUCCUAAUAUGUUUAAAGUGACUGUACCAAACUGAUUGUAUAUAAACAUCCCAGAAAUAAAUUCCAAACAGAUCCAGUAAUGGUGCAGAGGAAAUGCUUGAAAGGAAGGCAUGCCUGCUUUAUUGCACAGUCUUAAAAAUCACUAGCUUUUCUUGUGUUGUUAUAAUUCUGUUUUAAUUUUGACUGUACAGUUUAUGUGUCAUUUACUUUUUUGUGCCAAAUUUUCUUGCAACAGCAGCAGAAACGGAAAAGAAGGGUGGCUGUAUAAAUAUGUUUAUACUAAAAGUUGGUUUAAAAUUUGAUUCCUACUUUUAAGAAAGAAAAUCAAAAACUAAGAAACGUAGAAGGAAUUCUGGUCAAGUUAAACUUCAUGCUGGCGAAUGUUUAUUGCAUUUUCUGCGUAUUCACCACAACAUGGUUUUCUUUUGCUGUUGUUCACUGUGUAUAAUAUUUUUCAGAUGUUGCUAUUCUGAAAGCAAUCUUCCAAUGCUAUAUCUUACACAUAUAUAUUUUUCUAUAAAGUUAUCAUUGGAACAUGUAAA